GUCUCCAGUUUGUUUGCUCCAGUACAAACAGCUGAUCACAGACUAGCAGUGAAGGGCUUUGAGUGGGAAUCCGCUGGUUUGGGUUACAUCAGCCGCUGCAGCCUUUCAUUAGGAUGAAAGCGGAGCAGGGAAGCAUCUCUCCAGCGCGCCGUGCACCGGGAGCGUGUUUCUUUAAGAAUGUAAGCGUCUCCGGAGCGCAGCGGACAGCUGAGCUCUUUCUGUCCGGACGGAGCGGCUCACAGAGCGGACAGAGCAGCUGUCUCUCAGCGCCCUCAAAUCACUCCGUUUGCGUCCGAGAUGACUGGAGGCUGUUUGUGGACGACCGGGCUGCUGCUGCUCGCUGUCUGCGUGGAGGUUGCCGUGUGGGCCAACGAUGGAGAUGCUGUGUUCAUCCGGGAGUUCACUUUGAUUCGACGAGAUCACCUUCCUGAAGAGCCCCUCCACGACGGCAGCCAAAACCCAGAAGACCCGAGCUCGCGGACGGCCCGAUCAGAGGAGGACCGAGACACUCUGUGGGACGCCUGGGGAUCGUGGAGUGAAUGUUCUCGUACCUGUGGUGGAGGAGCCUCCUACUCGCUCAGAAGAUGCCUCAGUUCCAAGACCUGCGAAGGGCAGAAUAUCAAAUAUCGCACAUGCAGUAAUGUGGACUGCCCUCCAGAUGCGGGUGACUUUCGAGCCCAGCAGUGUUCGGCUCAUGCCGAUGUGCGAUACCAGGGUCAGUUUCAUGAGUGGCUGCCCAUGUACAAUGACCCGGACAACCCCUGCACUCUGAAAUGCAAAGCCAAGGGUUCAGGCCUUGUGAUGGAGCUGGCGCCCAAAGUGCUGGAUGGAACACGCUGUUACACCGAGUCCUUGGACAUGUGUAUCAGUGGAGUCUGCCAGAUUGUAGGUUGUGAUCACGAGCUGGGGAGCACAGCGAAGGAAGACAACUGUGGCAUCUGCAAUGGAGAUGGCUCAUCCUGCAGACUUGUGCGAGGGCACUACAAAUCCCAGCAUGCAUCAGGAAAAACUGAAGACACGGUGGUCGUCAUCCCGUUUAAGAGCCGUCACGUUCGUCUCGUCCUGAAAGGCCCGGAUCACUUGUAUGUGGAGAGUAAGACUCUAGAGGGGGUAAAAGAUGAAUUGGUGUUGGAUCAAUCAGGCCAGUACCACUUGGAGAACACCACCCUGGACUACCAGAAGCUUUCCGAUAAAGAGGUCCUGAGAAUCACCGGGCCACUUGGAGCUGACUUCACAGUCAAAGUGCAGUUCACCAGUGGAGCCGACAGCGUGGUCCAGUACAUCUACUACCAGCCCAUCAUCCACCGCUGGAGAGAGACCGACUUCUUCCCCUGUUCUGUGACAUGUGGUGGAGGCUACCAGCUGACCUCAGCAGAGUGCUUUGAUCUACGGAGCGGACGGGUUGUAGUGGACCAAUAUUGCCAUUAUUACCCCGAAAACGUCAAACCUAAACCCAAACUGCAGGAGUGCAACAUGGAGCCCUGCCUGGACAGCGACGGCUACAAACAAAUUAUGCCAUACGACCUCUACCACCCCCUGCCUCGAUGGGAGAGCAGCCCCUGGACGGCCUGCUCCACCUCCUGCGGCGGCGGCAUCCAAAGUCGCUCGGUUUCAUGUGUGGAGGAGGACAUGCAGGGGAACAUCACCCCCACAGAGGAGUGGAAGUGUCUCUACUCCCCGAAAACAGCAAUCCUGCAGCCCUGCAACGCCUUCGACUGCCCCACCUGGCUGGCACAGGAGUGGUCACCUUGUACAGUGACAUGUGGUCAGGGCCUGCGCUACCGAGUGGUGCUGUGCAUCGAUCACCGAGGACUCCACGCUGGAGGCUGCAACCCCACAACCAAACCCCACAUCAAGGAGGAGUGUCUGGUGACCGUGCCCUGCUACAAGUCCAUGGAUGCGCUACCUGUUGAGGCGAAACCUGUGUGGCAUAAACAGGCCAUAGAGCUGGAGGAGGAAGUCACUGUGACUGAGGAACCGACCUUCAUCCCUGGUCCUUGGCAGCCCUGCAGCAGAACAUGUGGCGCCGGGACCCAGCAACGAACCGUCAAAUGCCAGGUGUUGCUGUCCUUCUCCCAGACCGUCGCUGACCUGUCCGAUGAUGAAUGCGAGGGGGUCAAACCUGCUGCGAGCCAGCCUUGCUACCGUACGCCCUGCUCUGGAGUGUCGGGCCGAGGUGGCGAUGGAAAACAAGAGGAGGAGGAAGAAGAGGAGGAAGAGGGCAAGACACUGCAAAGAGAGGAGCUGCACGACUGGGAGUACGAAGGCUUUACCGAGUGCUCGGAGAGUUGUGGUGGAGGUGUGCAGGAGGCCGUGGUCAUCUGCCUGAACAAGCAGACCAGGGAGGCGGCAGACCAAACCCAGUGCGUGAGCUCUCGCCGUCCCCCUCAACUCCUCCAGGACUGCAGAACCCAGCCCUGCCCACCCAGGUGGGGAACAGGGGAGUGGAGUUCAUGCUCUGCUACGUGUGGGGUUGGUCUGAUGACCCGGACCGUGGCGUGCACUCACCAGCCCUCUCGUAACAGCAACCACACUGCAGUUUUAAAGGAUGAAGACUGUCCAAAGCCCAAACCCAGUCCUGUCCAGGCCUGCAACCGCUUCGACUGCCCUCCGAUGUGGGACACACAAGACUGGGGACAGUGCUCCCAGAGCUGCGGAGGUGGAGUUCAGAGGAGGAAGGUACUGUGCAAACAGCGGCUGGCAGAUGGCAGCAUCCUGGAGCUGCCUGAUACCUUUUGUCCUUCCAAGAGCCCCACAAACCAGCAGCCCUGCGGAAAGCAGGACUGUCCGCCUCUGUGGGUCACAACUGAGUGGUCCCAGUGUUCAGUGACCUGCGGAAAUGGCAUUCAGAGUCUGCAGGCCAUCUGCAUGAAACGAGGGGAGAACAGACGAUAUUGGACAAUAGACCCGAAGAACUGUUCCAUGACAUCCAAGCCCAACAGAGUCCGGCCAUGCUCCUUCAAGCACUGUGAAAACUCCAUCAAGCCUGAUCCCACCAUCCUCACCCAGAAGAAGGUUUAUAUCCAGUGGAGGAAAGGCAAAAAGAUACAGCUGGUUGUUGGAGGUUAUGCCUACCUACUGCCCUGGACAACUGUGGUCCUUCGCUGCCCAACACGAAAUUUCCGCAAAGGUCACAUCCGAUGGCUGAAAGAAGGAAAGCCCCUGUUCAGCCUCCCACACCUCUCCAUAACGUCACUGGGAUAUGUGAAGAUCCAGCAGUUUCGCGCAUCUGAUGCCGGGAUAUACACGUGCAUCGCAGGUCAGGCAAAAGAACAUUUCAUCCUACAGAUCAUUGGCAGCAAGCAAAAGCUGUCUGUCCCGGAGUCAUGGCUUCUUCAAAGUGGACAACAAAAUGUUGGACGGCAUGAUGUGAUGUCAACCAGGGAAAGAUUACAGGAGCUGCCCAUAUCCCUCAACAAAUAUGACAACAUUGUUGAGCGUUUGCUUGAACUCAAAGGCUCUGUCCAAGAUGAAAAAUACAUCGCUGACAAACCCCACUCGAAUGAAAAGAACAAGUCGAAUCUCGAGGAGGAGACGACAAGCUCAGAACUUUCCAUCCCAGUUGUACUCAUCGCUGAUACCCGCAGGCUUGACGAGAUCACGUACAAACUCUCUGAAGGCCUCGGAGGACCACCAUCGGAACAACUCAUCGCUCAGCUGCUCAGUGAGCUCACCACGACGCAGGGUGAAACCAAUGAAUCUACUCUUCACCCACCAGAAAGUGCGGAAUCUUCCACCCAAGGACCGCUCCUAUAUAAACCGACCAUCAAAGCCCACACCUCCAGAGCAAGGAAUCCAGCGAUAAUCCAACGGUCCAAGAAGGUCGGAGUGGCACCACAGUCUGAAAUGGUGGUUUAUGUGGGGGUGCCGGUUUUGCUGCAGAAACCAGUCGCUACUUUGGUGCUGAGGUGUGAGGCGCUGGGCAACCCUGAACCAUCCGUGACAUGGACCAAGAAUGGAAAAGAGCUGCCCCAAAAUAGCAGAGUAGGCCUGUUGCCCUCCGGCUCACUGAGGAUCCAGUCUCCAGGGAAAGGGGACGAAGGUUUUUACACCUGCACUGCCAGGAACCGUCUUGGAAGUACAUCUCUUUCGUCUUGGCUGCAGAUUACAGGUGUCAAAGGAAGAAACUGUGUCCAAGGUAACCGUGUAGGAGCAACCGGCCCUGCUUGUACUGAUAGGAGUAACAGCAGCCAGUCAGUUGAGCUGUGUCAAGGACAAGCCUGCCUCUUCAGGUGGCGUGUGGACGCUUGGUCGCUGUGUUCGGCCACCUGCGGAGGUGGGACCCAGACAAGGAGCGUCCGCUGCAUGAAGGGUCCUCACAGCAGGUCAAGACAAGCAGAGAACGGGCAGUGUCUUGGAACAGGACGGAGACCCUCUGAUACCAGGAUGUGUAACCUUCUGCCCUGCACCAGAUGGGCCACGACGUCCUGGGGGCUGUGUCAUGGCCAAUGUGUUGGUCCCAGUGUGGCCACACAGCAUCGCCAUGUCUACUGCCAAGACACAAACGGCACCAAAGUCCCCUACAGGAUGUGCAGCGGACUCCAGAGACCAGCCUCUGUGAAGAACUGCUCCACGGAGGCGUGUGCUCUUCAGUGGCGUGUCGGACCAUGGACACAGUGCACGGCCACCUGUGGGCGUCAUGGCUUCCAGUCACGUCAGGUGACAUGCACGCACCUUCGGACCGGCAAGGCCAUGAGGGAACAUCACUGCAUGUGGAGGCCUCGACCUCACAGCUGGCAGAGAUGCAAUAUUUUGUCCUGUGGCAGAGCAGGAGAGUGUCGAGACAGCACGAGGUACUGUGAGAAGGUCCGACAGUUGGAGCUCUGCCCGCUGCCUCAGUUUAAGAGCCGCUGCUGUUACUCCUGCAGAAAUACCUGAAGCAGCAGAGCGACACGAGGGCCGCGGAAAACCUGGAGGGGUCAGGGAAGGUGCCAGCGGAGACUUGUAACCUCUACAACCCGUCCCUACUUCACCGAUCAGGCACGGAUGGGGAUGAAUGAGUGUGGAGGAGCGUUUGGUUUCUCUCUUCUCAAAGACGCCACGCGAGGGUUUGAAUUUGAAAGCAUUGGGACCGGUCUGUUAAUGAGGGCUUCAUUUUACUUCUGCUAUAUUUUAUGAAGUCCAUGACAGCAGCUUUUCUUUUCAAAUUGUGCAAACCUGAGAGACAUUUCCACUGCGAGCAGGAGAAACCUGCGGUUACUGCAUGGUUUCAUGAAGGGGAAACUGUUAAAACUGACCAUCGACCUGGAAACUUGUGCAGUUUCAGGGUUUUUCUUAAGAAAGGAAAAGAAAAAAGGAACAACAGUGCUGUACCGUUACAUUCUAUUGUUGCACCAUCACUUCAUGUCCAAAACAGCGCAUACUACCAAGUAUUUUCACAUGAAAUUUGCCACAAAAAAUGUAAUUAUAAUCAGACAUUUUUAAAAUUGAUUGACUUCAUACCUAGAGAUUCUUGGUGAAACCCUCCAAGCUUGUGAUAACCACUGGAUAGUUGUGUGUUUGUCGUCAUUGCAAUGGUCUCCAAGCAGCAUUGUUCAAUAGUUUUAGUGCUAAAUGAGCUUUUAAUAACACAGUGGGUAUGAUGCUGCUUAGAAAUGGGAAAUAGCUAACAUGACUAGAAGCCUAAUAUUUUAUAAAUGGUAUAAUUUUGGUGUCAGCCACCUGGGACAUAUAUUCUGGUCUGUGCUUGAAAGCGGACGGAACCAGCAUUUGAGGUGUUUAAAGCACAGUUUUGCAGAAUACAAAGUCGGACACUCUAUUGAUUUCUUUUGCAUGGGUUGCACUAUAGGAGGUGUAUGACUGAAGCAAAUAAUGUUUUGUUAAAAAAAGGACACUUAUUUUGCACUCAGGACUCAUCCAAGUCUUUGUUAAGAACAUGGCUUGCAGAGUUUUUUUUUUGUUUGUUUGUUUUGUAAUCUAGUUUUUAGUGUAAUUUCUUUCGGUGAUAUUUCUUGAAAAGAUAUUUGUCAAAAUGUCCCUUUAACCACUUUGUGGCACUACAGUGUGUUCAAACAUGAGGUGAACAAACCGUCCUACAAAUUCUGACCUUUUAAACAAAAAAAGCAGCUUCUGAAAACUUCAUGUAACAUUCAUCCUUGGACAGAUUUUAGUGACACUUGAAGCUUUAUAAAGAUCAUAAUUAACGUAGCAAGGACAGAUGCAGUCGACAGGGUUUACACUUUUGCCAUUACGUCCUCAGUUCCACAACCUGCUUUGUCAUCCAGUGCAGCAGGAGACUACUUGGCCUUUCAUCGAGGUGUUUUUUUGACGUCACCAGAGGAAAAUAUCACAUUAUAUACGCUCUUAAGUUGUGUAGAUAUUUGUUUUGUCUUUUUAACUAUUUAUUUCCUUGUGUUCUUGUGCAUAUUUUUUUGUAAAUAAUGUCAGGUUUGGGGUUUGUUCCAUUUCCUUGCAGCUGAUGGUAGUGGAUGUGCAUGCAAUGGGGACCCUCUGCUGGUGACUUGAUGUGUUGCUCUUUGCUCAUGCCUGGUUUCUGACUAAAUAAAACCAAAUACAUUCCUUUUUAUAA